CGCCGGAGGGCCAGCGGAGAGGAGCAGGAGAAGCAAGGUUGGUCUCACAAAAGAGAUCUCUGUCUAACAGUUGUCUUCUUUAUGUGUGAUCGUGCUUUGAGAAACUGUGUUUUGCAGGAUACGAUCUCAGGGACAGUUUAAGUGCCAGGUCGAGUUAGGGCGACGGACCUGACACGCCCACAGUCAGUGUAUUUGAUUGGCUGAGUUGUUUCGCUUUGAGGGGAAAAUAUAUAAAAGGUUACAAACUGAAUCUGCUUGUGGAGCUGUGUUUAUGAGCAGUUUGUUGUCUGUCGGAAAUCUGAGCGUCUGGUUGCAGCGCUGCGUUCCCCAUCACCCACAGAGAGUUUGAUUCGUACAGCUUCUUUAUCCAACACGAAAAGCUGAAGAUGGGAAAAAUUAACAACGUCCUCACGUGCAUCUUCAUCAUCUUCAAUUCAGUGUUUGCUGGCUUUGGAUGUCUGCUGAUAUAUGGGCUGAUUAAGCUUGGUAUCAAUGGAAACCAGUUGUCUGGUAUGGGAGGGCCAAGCAUCAACUGGGUUUGGUUGUUUGCCAUCAGUAUCCUCGGGAUCUCCAUCCUGGGAAUCUGCGCUGGACGCUUCGAGAAUUCUGUCGCCCUCAAAGUGUUUGCAGGUUUCAUGGUGGUUGGGAUGAUCAUCAUGCUGGUCUUUGGAAUCAUUAUCGUUGAUGCCAAGAACAAGAUCAAUGCUGCCUUUGAAGACCCUGAAACUUUGAAGACUAUGAUGCAGGACAAAACCAUCACAUCCAUGCUCAAAACUGUUCAGGAACAUGGUCAGUGUUGUGGGCUGGCGAGUGCCGAGGACUGGAGGGACGUCAUCCCUGACUCCUGUGCCUGCACGGAAUAUACAUACAGAGUUUAUGGAGGAGCCGACUGUACAUCCAGACCUUGGGGAACCUUGGGCCCAUCUCGGAUCUAUCAAAAGUCCUGCCGUGAAUUCAUCUUGAGCUUAAUUGACUCAAUCUGUCAAGUCUCCAUGGGCCUGUGUUUUGGCCUCGUAGUCUUUGCGCUGCUGGGCCUGCUGAUGUCCAUCCUGAUGAUCUGUCAAAUCGUCCGUCACAAUGACGCCGGAGGUCCACCGAUCAUCAUGAAGGGCUACUGAGCCACAGCCUUGACCCCUGACCUUUAACGUCUGCACUGUAACAAGCCGGCUCCGGCUGUGUGUGUGUGUGUGUGGGUGUGGGUGGGGGGAUGUGUUGUGUUUUAAUGUGAAAGUUUUAUUUCCACCAAGUUAAAAAAAACAAACAAACAAACAAAAUGCCCACAGAAAAAGAGAUGGCGAAACAUUCUAUUAUUGUAUUAAAAUCUGAAUUAAUGAGUAGAAAUUAUGACAAAUUUGGAAUUUUAAGUCAAAAGUGAGACCCCCCCCCCCCCACUGUUUUGAACAUAAUUAUGUUCAAAAUGAUUACUAAUAUAUUACAAGAUGUGAGAAUUUGUGAGUGAUAACGUCAUCCUGUUUAAUAAAUCUGUUUUUUAAAAAGUUGAUUUUGUUACUUUGAAAUUUUCACAUUUGUUUUACUGAUGUUUGUUUGUUUGUUUUCAGUUUUAUUAAUCAGAGGAUGAAAUCGGAAUCAGAGUUUUCUCUGAAAAUAGCACUCAUGUGAUUUAGGCACAAGGAACCUCAGAUUCAGCUCUUAAAAAAUGUUUUGUUUUUUUUUACACAAAGUGUCAAAGCAGUUUGUUAUAAUAAAGUAUUGCUAUAAAGUGACACAUUUUCUGGUCCGAAACAUAAUUUUUGCACAUUUUAAGCUGAAGGAUGAAAAACCUCACAUUAAAAGCAGUUUUAUUUACAGAUAAAUGAAACGACUGAUUUUGUUGAAAUGUUGUGAUCGACAUGUGACAUCACCAGAGAAUGUCAAAAUUAUUAUUUUUUCAGUCUUCCAGGAAAAAAAAAAAAACAACCUGAACAGUCAUUCUUAUAUAAACUGA